CCAAGACAUAUUUACACAACUGUUAGAGAGAGAAGUGUUUUUCUCCGUUGAAGAUGAGGAAACCUAGAGGAAGAGAAGAGGAGCAAGGGGAAGAAGAUUUGAAGCUAAUCUCCAACAUCCGAGAGACCUUCCCCAUGUUCUUCCUCCCUUAUUUAUGUGUUUCUCUCCCCUUCAUGGGGUAGUUUUCUAAGGUAUUUGGGACUAAGUUUCCCAAACCCUAACCGAGGUUUUAUGUGUAAUUGGAUGACUUAUUUAAUCUAUGGUAUGAGUUUCGUUUAAUUGAUGUUCUUAAUGCAUUGUUGCAUGCAUUAGUUAAACAUGGUUAUCGAUUGCAUGUGUUCAUUAGAUGUGACAAUGAUCUAUUGUUGCAUGAAUUAAUUAAACAAUCGACUAGAUAACUACCUAACUUGUAAGUAGACAGUUUAUCGGUAUCGUGGAAUACGAUCUCGGUCACUAUUAUACCACUUUGUCUAACUAGGUUAUACUUGUUCUAGUUAGGAUAGGUGAAUAGAGUCCAUUGAGUUUGUUACUUGUGUGUGAGCAGAUACUAUCACAAUUCACAACCAUAUAUAGAUGGGAAAGGCUAAUGAUUGUUAUCAAACAAAAGAAAAAGUAAAUGAAAAAGAUGAGAAAAAUACAUCACAAGUUGAAUUCUCCGUUACUCUAUUGGCUGCUAGCUACUCGGGCUUUGUAGUCUUUUGUACUUACCAAAACGCAGGAGAAUAUUAAAGAAAUAAAAGAACAUUCUCUGAAUAGCCAUAUUGAAGGUGCGGUGCACAAAUGUUGAGAAGAAAAAGUGGGAAAAUAUUUUUCUAGAGGCAACAAUGUAUGCAGUUGUAUUGAUUUGAUCAUGUGCAUGUUUACUGAUUUGAUAAGAUCGUAUGAUUAAGAGUGUAAUUAGAUAAGAUUAUUAUAUUUGUUUGUCUGUACUUUUGUUUCAUACUGGUAGAAGCCACUGAAACGGGGGAAACGAUGCCGCAUAACGUGCAAAGCUGCUGCCUCCCUCUCUGUGCAACGGGGAAAAAGAAAACAGACUCAAAGCAGCAUAAAACGCGGCCUCUGGCAGAAAGGCAAAGAAAGAAAGAAAAAGAUCAACUACUACAACAGCAGCAGCUGAGCUGAGAGAGGAGUGUGAAGCAGCCCAAAAUAGUGAAAAAGUAACAAACAACAACUUCACUUUCUCUCUUCUCUUCUCUUCUCAUCUACUUUCACACUUUCCCUUCCCCUUGGAGCUUCACUCUUCCGCCUCUCCCUACUCAAAAAAGGUUUCUCUUCUUGCUCAUCUAUUCUGCUGUUUUACUUUGAUCAAUGCAAUUCCUCAAAGUUUUCACCUUGUUUAUGCCGAAGUCUUCAAUUCUCUUUUUUUACAUCGCUGUGUUUUGUGUUUAUCUAGGUUUCCUGUUUGGCAGAUUGUGUUGGUGUUUUUCUUUUAAAGGUUGAGAAUUUAGGGAAACAAUGUUGAAGGGUUAAGAGAUUUUCCCUAAUGAGGUUAACAGAUCAGUGCAUAAUAGCUCAGAAAAUACAGGGGAAAAAGUUCAAUGCUCGUGCCUUGCCUUGUUUGUUUGACGAGCGAGAGAAAUACCAUAAUGUUUUCAUGGGCGUUGAAGAGUUUUGAUGUCUGUGUUGGGGCUGUAUGGGCGAGGAAGGAAAUUUCCCAAGCGUCUUUUUUUCUUUUCAUCCUUUCUGUUUUUGGUUUGUAUUCCUCUAAUUUUAUUCAAGGUUUUGCCCUCUACGUAUGAGCAUGAAAACGAGAUGGAGGACGUAAAGAGCUCUAGUGCUUUUAUUAUUAUCUUGGGCUAAAGUCUGGAAAAAUGUUGUUGAUAGUACAUUCAUUCAUGGUCUGGGCUACCAAUGCUGCCUGUAGUUCCAUUCAGCUCGGCUGUUCACUGUACCCUUAGUCUGGAAAUUAAUGGCGCGCCUGUGAGUAAAGUGGUUUUUUUUUUUAUCAUGACUGGUGCAGGGUUUCUCACUGAAAUUGGAAGUGUGAGUACUUAUGAUCUGAAUCCCAGUCGUCUUACAUUGAUUGUCCUGGGGAGUAGUGAAACUGUGCUGGUACUGUGGCUGCUCCAGCAUAAGAGCAGUAGUGAAUCAUCUAUUGCUUUACUGAAUUCUUAUUCAAGAUAUUGUUCCAAGAUGAAUGAUAACAGCCAAACCGAGCUGCAUUACACCAAUACAGGGUUUCCUUAUGCCGCCACAGAAAGCUUUAUGGGUUUCUUCCAAGUGCCAGCCAAUUACACUCAUACCGAACCACUUCAUGAUCAUGACAAUUCAUAUUGGUCGUUGAAUAUGAAUGCGUAUAAAUAUGGAUUUUCUUCUGGUCCAGAGAGCACUUCUUAUUACGACCAUUAUGAGGUGAAUGAGAAUUCACCAACAGUGGAUGUUACCAGGAGAGCUUGGGAGUACCCUUCUGUGGCAAAUGCCCAAGAGUCCACAACACAAGUGCAUUCCGAAGAAGAAACAACGGUCACAGAUGUGAACACUAUACCUGAAGACUGCAUAUCAGAUAAUCCAGGAAGUACUAGUCCCCAGGACCUCUGGCAGGAUGAUAUUGAUCCGGAUAACAUGACCUACGAGGAACUACUUGACCUAGGUGAGGCAGUAGGAACUGAAAGUAGAGGUCUUUCCCAGGAACUCAUCAGCAUGUUGCCAACAUCAAAAUGCAAGUUUGGGAGUUUCUUCUCGAGGAAAAAGUCCGGAGAGAGAUGCGUGAUAUGCCAGAUGAGAUACAAACGAGGGGAGAAGCAGAUAAAACUGCCUUGCAAACACAUUUACCAUUCUGAAUGCAUCCGCAAAUGGCUUGGGAUCAGCAAGGUCUGUCCCGUAUGCAACAAUGAAGUCUUUGGCGAAGAACCGAGGUAGUAGAACAACACAUCAUUCAAACCAAACCCCUGUGCAACUCAGGCUGCCUUGGUCUUUCAUUAAUCCUCUUUUUGUUAGGUUUUCUCCUUUCCCUUUUUGGGGUUCAGUUUUUUGGAUGUCUUGGUUUUGUUUUUCCACACGUAGAGUUUAGUAAAGAGGGAUUAGUAAAGGGCGAUGUUCUCUUUCUUUCCCCUUUAUAGGAAGUCCUUUUUGGGUAAAGGCAGUAGGCUCCCUUGUCAAUGUGAGGUAGAGGACUGGAGGAUUUAUUAAGCCAGGUACGGAAGAGGCAGCAAAAAGCCAAAACGAGAAGAAAUGUGGAGAAUCAGAAAGAGCGGUAAUUUGUGUACUUAACCCUGAUCAAGUACGGAUUUUUGCAGAAGCAUAAUAUAUUUAAUUAAAGCUUGUCAGUCAC